AGCAAGGCAGUUUUAAUUUGGCAGUUUGACAGCAGUUAAGCCCUUUUGCAUGUCAACAUGCAAAUGAGAAAGCUGGCGCAGGUAUUUACCGCAUUGAAUCCCCCUCGUUACUCACUCAUUUAUACUUCUCUAUACUACCACAAGUAUUGCAAAUAAAAACGCGGCGUGCGACAAUGUCAAACACAACAGCAGUACCAACGCCCGGAGCGUUCCAAUUCCCCGAAAUAUACAACUUUCCGCCGUUCUUCACACGACAGCCAAACGAGUCUACAUGGCAGGAGCAGAGGCGACAGUGGUGCGAUCUGAUACUUGCGUACUACAGGCAUAACCGCCUCUACUCGCUGACGCUGGCGGAGGCAAUCACAGAACCGCCAUUUACGAACAGGCAGAUCCACCGCUCGUUGCGCGUCGAUGUCUUGCGCGAACUGGUCGACGACUUGGUGAAGCAGGGCAAUGCAUCAUGGACAGGCGCCAAAAACGCUAAGGACUCGUGCUUGGUUCUUUGGCGCAAGCCCGAAGUGUGGGCCUCCAUGAUUUAUCAAUGGGCCAACGAGCGCGGGUUGUUCAACACUGUCCUGACCGUCUUUGAACUGGCCAAUGGUGACGACACUGCCGGACAGGAGUUUCAUAAUCUGGAUUCGGUGACGCUUCGUCGAGCGCUGGAUGUGUUGCAGAGCCAGGGCAAGGCACAGCUCUUUGUCGGGACGUCCGAUGAUGACAUGGGUGUCAAGCUCUUUGCGUGAGAGCCCAGUACUGGUUCUGGUUUUGGUCGAAGAGACUCCGCUUACAGAGUGGGAAUAUCUGUGCGGAAAAUAUCUGUGCGCACUCCUGCUUGUCGAGCUAAAUGAGUAGGAUGAGGGGGGUGAAGGUCGGUGAAAACAAUGCCUGCCCAACCGAACCCAACCCAAAAAAUUAACGAAAACAGGUUCAGUGCAGCUCGGCUCGAACCGCUAGAUCUAUACCAAAGCAAUUUGGAAAAAAAAUUUUACCCUGGCCAUUUCGUCAAAAACAGUGCCAAUUUGAUGAGGCAUCAGCAAAGUAUACGAGAGGAGCCACAUACUGGAGAGAAAGACGAAAAAUUAUUCACACCCGGCAUAUUCAAGCGCAAGUUUUUUUUUCUUCUUUCUUUCCCAACAUCCUUCUACC